CCCCCUUUGCCUCUUCUCAUCUUCAGUAUAAUCCAGUCUAGGGUUUUAGUUAGAGCUCAAAUUUAGGGUUUAUGGGGCAGAAAUGGUAAAGAAACUAUGUCUUCUAGAGCUCUUUCCUCUCCAAUUCACUCGAAUUUAGAAACCUUUGAUUUCUCAAUCCCUCGAAUUUCAUUCGUUCAUCCUCCUAAGCACCCAUUCCUCAUAAACAUCCCAUUUUCUCCCGCCAAAUUCCCUUCAAAACUAAUCCUUUUAUACCCAGCUCAUAGACAUAUCAAGACUGAGAUAAGGGUUUCAUCAGUACUUGAUAAUGAAGAAAACCCAGAUGAGAAAUCAUCAAUUAUCGAUGCCCAAGAAGCUGUUUCUGAGAUAUUACAAGAAACAGGAUUAUCAAAAGAAGAAUCGAUGAAAAUAGCUCUUAAUUCACCAAAGUAUGUUAAAAUGCUUAUUGACAGUGUUAUGGAUUUGGAUGAACUUUCCUUAUGGAAAUCAUGGAGGAUUGAAAAUGAAGAUAAUGUGGGGAUUUUGUCUUUCAAGAAGAAAGUUUUUUAUAUGGCUAAAGAAAAAGGUGAUAAUGGGAUACUUCCAUUUUUAGAAAGUGUUGGUUUGAACCCAAUGUCUUCAACUCAUAUUGCACGGUAUCUUGUUUCGGAAUCGCUUCCUUCUGUCAUUCAUAAGGUUAACUAUGUGAAGGAAUUGUUGUUUGAUGGUAGUAACGAUGAAGGGUUCGUUGGCAAGAACGCACGUCGAAUGAUGAUGCAAUUAUCAAUUUUUGUUGAUGAGGAUGUCCAACAAACCCUAUCUUUCUUUGAAAAGAUGGAAGCUAGGCGAGGAGGUCUUGGUAUGUUAGGCUCCAAAGAUUCAUCUUUCCAGUAUAUUAUUCAGUCAUUUCCUCGGAUUCUUAUGUUAUCAGUGGAAAACCAUCUGAAACCUUUAGUGAAGUUUCUAGAAGGUAUUGGAGUACCAAAAGAACGAGUCAGGGCUAUAUUUUUGUUGUUUCCACCUGCCAUUUUUUAUGACAUUGAGAAGGAUUUGAAACCAAGAAUGCGUGCUCUUGAAAAGAUUGGUGCAGAGGAGAAAGAUAUUGGAAGGAUACUGGUGAAAUAUCCAUGGAUUCUCUCGAAUGGGAUUCAGGAAAACUACGGAAAGAUUCUUUCAUUUUUUGAAUUAGAGAAGGUACCAAAAGUGAGUGUCGACCAAGCAAUCAAAAGUUGGCCUCAUCUAUUGGGAUGUUCAACCAGCAAGAUGAAGUCAAUGGUUGAACAAAUUGAUGAUUUAGAAAUUAGGAAUAAGAAGCUAGGUCAAGUGAUUGCGUCAAGUCCUCAAUUGCUACUAAAGAAACCACACGAAUUUCUCCAGGUGGUUAUAUUCAUGGAGGAACUAGGUUUUGACACCGAGAGUACAGGGCGGAUAUUGUGUAGGUGUCCGGAAGUUUUUGCUGCCAACAUAGACAAAACACUAAAGAGGAAAAUCAAAUUCCUUAAUGAUAUUGGUAUCUCGAAAGACUAUCUUCCUCGGGUUCUCAGAAAAUAUCCAGAGCUUCUCGUCUCCGACAUUGAUCACACUUUACUUCCACGAGUGAAGUAUCUGAUGCAAGCAGGACUGUCAAAGAGGGAAGUGGCGUCCAUGAUACGUAGAUUUUCUCCUUUAUUAGGCUACAGCAUUGACGAAGUUCUCAAACCGAAGCUAGAAUUUCUGGUAAACUCCAUGGAAAAACCUGUAAAAGAUGUUGUAGAAUAUCCUAGGUAUUUUAGUUACUCCUUAGAUAAGAAGAUAAAGCCUAGAUUUUGGGUACUCAAGGGUCGAAGUUUAGAUUGUAGUUUAAAGGAUAUGUUAGGUAAAAAUGAUGAAGAUUUUGCAACAGAUUUUAUGGGUAUUGGAAGAAUGCUUAUUCCUCCCUCUUCUCUUCAAUGAUAUUAACAAUUUGUACCAAAAAGGAUAUGUCAAGUAAAAAUCUGUAUAUACAUAAUGUUAGCGUUACAAACAACGAUUUGCUCCCCUCAAUUUGUAGUUGAUAAAGUAAAAAUUGAUUCAUCAAGCAUUUAC